AUGAAUAUUAAAUAUACACAAAAAAAUAACCAUAAUGCUGUUCAAUAUCCGAUACCAGAUGGAUAUAAUGUGAAAACGGAAAUUGCAGAUCAAAUGCUAUGUUGUGAAACAAAGUAUACUUUGGCAAAUAAGGUUUUAUACACUAUUACAUGGAAAGAAAGACGAGCAGAAUGGAUGGUAUCUAGUGAGCGAUCUGCUAGUGGGGCUGUAAAUGAGUUCCUAAAGAAAACUAAUCGUAAAAAAUCUCAAAUUUCUGGAGUACAUGUCUUUGGAUUUGAUAUUGAAAUAUUGCAUCAAUUACGAAUUGAACAACUUAAAGAACUAUCAACUGAUAAAAUUACUAUUGAUAAAAGAAAAAGGCCACUUAAUGAAAUACAAUCAUUGUCACAGCAAAACAAACGAUAUGCAUCAUUUGGAAGAGAUACUUACAAGAAAGUUAAAAACCUUAUCUUAAAACAUCGAAUGGUCUCAGAAUCUGAGGAGCCAAUUUGUAUACGUAGUAUAGAAUUAGAAAAUGGGAAUAAUAUCAUUAAUAUAAAAUAUAAUUCAUUAUUAGAUCUUACAAGGUUAAAUGCAUAUGUACGUGUGUGUAAUGAGGCCUUAUUAAGUCGUGAUGGGUAUCGAAGGCUUGCAGCUAUAGAAGCACGAUUGAUACGGGAGUAUCAAGUUGCACAUAGGCGAAUUGAGAUUACUAAAUUAAUAAAUAACCAAAUAAACAUUGGAAUAUUUAAUCUUGAUAAAGGACUUGAUCAGCAAUUUAUACUUGAUGAUGAUGAUGAACCUCAAGGUAAUCCUGAUAGAAUUAUAGUUGAUGAACAAGAAGUUGAAAAUGGUGUUUAUCGAUCAGUCUGA